AUGCAAAUUUUUGUUCGUGGUGCUGCUGAGCUCUUACCGCUCGAUCUUGAAAAAGAUGAUACUGUUCAAGACAUUCGUGAAUAUGUCGCUGAAGAAUAUGACAUUGAUAUGGAUGAACUUGUAUUAAGUUACAAUGGAACACCAUUAAAUGACGAACAAACUGUUGAACAAUUUGGACUUAUACCAGGUUCAACCCUUGAUGCUACUAUCAAAUUAUUUGGUGGUAAAGUUCAUGGUUCAUUAGCUCGUGCUGGUAAAGUCAAAGGUCAAACACCAAAGGUAGCUAAACAAGAAAAACGUAAGAAGAAAACUGGUCGUGCUAAACGACGUCUUCAAUACAAGCAACGAUUUGUUAACAAGGUUGCUUCAUUUGGUCGUCGUCGCGGACCUAAUUCAAAUCAACAAGCUGCAUCGUGA